UCUCCUGCUGCAGCGAUGGCGUCUGCUGAUCUGAGACAGGAGCUGGACUGUUCCAUCUGCCUGAGCAUUUAUACAGAUCCUGUCACCCUGAGAUGUGGCCACAACUUCUGCCGGGUCUGUAUUGAUCGAGUGCUGGAUGCACAGGGGAGGGCUGGAGUAUAUACCUGUCCUGACUGCAGAGCAGAGUAUCAGGAGCGCCCUGCCCUGGAGAAAAACAGGAAGCUCUGCAACAUAGCAGAACAUAUCCGCUCUAUUCCAGAGGAGGAAACCGGGGUGUUCUGUACUUACUGUGUCCAAUCUCCAGUACCUGCUCUUAAAUCCUGUCUCAAGUGUGAAGCUUCUCUGUGUGAUACACAUUGGAGGACACACAACAAGUCAGCAGAACAUGUCUUAGUUGAUCCAACCACUUCCUUGGAAAACAGAAAAUGCUCCAUCCAUAAGAAGAUCCUGGAAUAUUACUGCACUGAGGACGCUGCCUGUAUAUGUGUGUCCUGCUGUUUGAUCGGGGAGCAUAGAGGACAUCAGAUGGAGUCACUGGAUGAGGCCUCUGAGAAGAAGAAGGAAAAGCUGAGAGAUGUUCUGCAGAAAUUGACCACAAAGAGAGCGGAGGCUGAGAAAAGAGUCCAGAGUCUGCAGGAGCGCAGGAGAGAAGAUCAGGGUAUAGCAGCUGGUGUGACAGAGACAAUCACUGCUCUGUUUAGAGACAUCAGGAGACAGCUGGAGGACCUGGAGAAGGGAGUCCUGAGUGAGAUCUCAAGGCAGGAACAGCGCGUUUCACUCUCAGUCUCUGAUCUGAUCCAGAAGCUGGAAAUAAAGAAGGACGAGCUGUCCAGGAAUAUGCGUCACAUUGAGGAGCUGUGUAACAUGUCUGAUCCAGUGACUGUCUUACAGGAACCAGACACAGGGGACUUGUGUGAUACUGAGGAGCUGAGUAACAUGACUGAUCCAGUGACUGUCUUACAGGACACAGGGGACUUGUGUGACACUGAGGAGCUGAGUAACAUGCCUGAUCCAGAGACUGGUGUAGAAAAAGGGUCAGAUAUGGGGGAUACUGAGGAGGAGGAUAGUGAGGAGGAGGAUAGUGAGGAUGAUAGUGAGGAUGAUAGUGAGGAUGAUAGUGAGGAUGAGACUGAGGAGGUAGAGAUACAUAAGGUAGGAGAUCUGGAUGUUGGUCUCAUCUCAGGGACGUUACGCACAUUAUCUGAUAUAAUAACAGGGAUAAAUGUGUGUUUCUAUGUGCAGGAACCUGCAGACAUAUUACUGGAUGUAGCCACAGCUGGUAAUAAUAUACAAAUAUCUGGGGACAGGAAAAGCACAUCCAGGUCACAUAUAAACCAGAAUCACCCAGUAACACCAGAGAGAUUUCAGUGUGAUCAGGUAAUAAGCAGCAGGGGAUUCUCCUCAGGGCGACAUUACUGGGAGGUGGAUGUCAGUAAGUCAGUGAGGUGGAUGGUGGGGAUGUGUUAUCCCAGUAUAGAAAGGAGAGGAUUGCAGUCAUACAUUGGAGGUAAUAACAAGUCCUGGUGUUUGCGGAGGUAUAAGAAUGAGUACUCAGUGAGACAUGACAGGACAGAUAUCCAGUUACCUGACAAUAUCCCCUGUGACAGAGUGAGGGUAUAUCUGGAUUAUGAGGCAGGACAGUUGUCCUUUUAUUCUCUGUGUGACCCCAUCAGACACUUACACACCUACACUACCGUCCUCACUGAGCCCCUCCAUGCUGCAUUAUAUGUAGAGAAAGGGUGUAUAACUGUAUGUGAGGGAGUCAGGAGCUGGGAGACAUUACCAUAAGACAUCUGCCCAGAGACUGGUGACAUCACAGGGAAGUAAAACUGAUUGGUGGGACACUCAGCAAAUAGAAUGAGGCAGUAGGAGGAGCUACAGUUGUGUAUAUUAUGCUGCUGAUCUUCGCAUCACAAGCAGCGUGAUUUAGCCAAAUGCGCACGCGCAAAGUCCCCUCUACGACAAAUGUGCAGAAAUAAACAAUUUUUUUGUGUUCGCAUCCAUGCAAUGACAAAGAGGCGUCUUGAGGGCGGUGCGAAGGAAUGGCUUCGAUAGCUAGCGAAAAUGGGUGUCUUGUGGGGGAGUGUGCUAAAGGCUGCAGGUGUGGUUUUCGCACCGUGGCAAAGCUGCUCGUUGCUGGUACACACCAGGCGUUCGCAGCACAGGAGUAAGUCUAGGGCUGCGCACAGCUAGAGAACACUUGCUACAGGUGCCUGACAGGGUGCACCUGGCUAAUCAUUAACAAUUGAACGCAGCUGAUUGAGAUGUGAACGCAUGAAGACCUCAUUUAUAGCUGUAUCACUGACAGAUUGUAUGUACACUUACACUCCCUGGAAAUUUUAUUACGUUCAAUGUAAGCAAAUGAUGUUACACUGCCAAGCAGCACACGUGUGUAGUAGUAGCAGCAGCAAAUACAUGUGUACUGGUCACGUCCAUUGUCCCACAUGUCUGCUUUGUGUAUAAAUGUAUUUUUAUUUGUAAGUGAUAAAAACUAAAUAAUUUCAUUA